CUACUAUGUAGUACCCACCUUGGAUUGCUGUAUCGGAACCGUUCAAAGGACUUUAAGUCACUGUGGGAUGGCUGUAUUCCCCAUAGAUGUCCGAUGAACAAAAGCCCAGAAAUAAUGGCGAGACCUUCUACAAUAGAUCACGCGUAAGUGUGAGGGGAACAGGAGCCUUGAAUUAAUCGACUGUGACAAAUGCCAAACAUGGUAAAGGCCAGAAUCGACACCGGACUUGAACAUGCGUUCAAUGACUGUGAUGCGAUAGGGACUACUCCGUAGAUAGAACUUUAUAUUUUAUCAGUCUCGUAAAUGCCUCUCGUUACCAUAGGUGUGCCACCGUACUUUAGUGGCAAGACAUUAUGUACAUACAUGUCGAUUUUUAUUGAUGCUGACGAAAGUAAACAGAUGUCAAGUUUUGAAGAAGAGAUCUCGGAUUCUGCCAACAAACUUAUUCGGAGGCGAGACAAGCUCAGACCGAUCAUUCCUACCCACAUGUUUAUACAAUCGAUUCUCUCGAGAUUUGUGUGAGACAGGCUUCUUUCCAUUGGGCAGAUUGUUCGGCCUUCAUUGAAUGCUCCUGUGAAGGAAGCUAGUUACAGCGCAGCUUCGAAAGGCUGAGUGAACGAUGUCCGGGCAACAUCUUGGCGACAGUACCAGUAUAAUCCGUACACUUGCCGUCAAAUGAGGACCAAACACCCCCUCUCUUGGCUAUAUUGUAACCACCAUCAUGAAAUACCAGAUUUACCAAUGCUCACGAAGUGUUGGCGCACAAGACGGAGGUGUGCAUUAUCAAAAGCUGAGGAGAGGAGUCUUCACACACUCGAGCUAAGUUUUGGAGGGUAUGCUUCCACCCAAAAAAGGCAAAAGGCUAAAGCGAAGCACUGGCUGUCAAGAUUCAGCUCAGUAGCAUUUAAUUGAGCAUCAUUCUGGGUAGUAAGGUAUCAGCUUCUCAGGAAAGCUUGAGGUUUCAUUAUGCGUGAGGCCAAGAGUCCGGAAGUACAUAUAUCAGGGGCAACCGUGUAACAACUGACUGAUCCCAGGAGAAGAUGACGAGAACCUAAAACGAGGAUGGCUUCUUCAAUUUCGAGCACAGGCAGUCGACAACUCAGUCAAGAGUCAAGGAACCAGAAAGGGUUGGUACGGUGACCAGGGUGGUCGGGACGGCAGGGAUACGCGAGACGGACGAACCUGGCUGGCGUGCUAACCCAGUGAAGUGUUCAAAGAUGAGCAGAACAGAGCACCAUUCCAUUACUGACAAGGCUCCAUUCGAGUUCAUGAUGAUUGCAUGAAGGAAGACCUGCGCCGUGCUUGUUCUCAUGUGAGGCCCAUCCAGCAAGUAAAGACCAAGUUAGACAUACGUAGCAGAUAGCUACAUACAGCAGGCCUCUUAAACUUGACGAUGAAUCACACGUUAGCGAUAAGUCAACUUUUCUUCUCCUCACCGUACGUACAAGUACGUGGAAUUUCGAUGCCAGGGAAACAGAAAUCCGUUGAUGCCUUGAGGCCUUGAUCAAGACUCAAAAGCCCGGGAGGUGGAGGUGGAGGUGGAUGGCGCCGUGGAAAGGGUGGAUGGUGGAGGGGAAAGACACGCGCUGUUAAAUAUCGAGGACCAAUAAGGCGACGCCAAAAGGCAGACACGCUUUUAGGCCCAUCGUGGAAGGCCACGCAUGUACAGGAUGCGCGAUCUAUGCACAGUGUCGCACGGAGCUGGAAAAGAGGGGCUUCACGCCGUCCAGUGUGAGAUGCCAGGGCAAGAUCAACCAGCCCACUGACUGGUUGAAAGGCCUACAAGGGCUCGGUCGUACAGUACGGAUAUCUCUCACAGACACUUCUGCGAGGUACAGUACCUCGCGUGCUGGCCAGUCUUGCAGCGCGCCGUAGGUACCGACGCUCAACUCGCCUCUCCUCUUGGUCUUGCUCACGCUUUCGUUCUCCCAAGCAUUCAAAACUAUGCCAUAGCCCGCUGCUGCCAUCUCCCGCCUUUUCCCCCUCCCCCCAUCGAACAGCAUCAUCGCCAUAAUGUUCGAUUUCGCCCUCUGAAUCCGUCCCCAAGCGACUCUCUGAAGUCUGCUCUGGAUCGUGUACAUCUCCACUCUCCACGGCGCCUUGUCUUCAUCUUUGUUGUUGUUUUGAUCUUGGUAAUCUCCUCUCAAAAAACUUGUUCCAACCUUGCUCAAACCGUACUUCUUUUCAGGUCAGGGCCGCAGGCGGGAUUUCACUUUGGCCUCUGGCGAACUUUUCAAAUCAAAACUCCCACAACUACUUCUCUUUUGCCGCCUGAACGACUGGCGGAGGAUACACACAUUUGGGGCCUUGCCUACAAAUUCCAGCACAGCACUGCCUAGGUCCAGCCCAGCCGAGUCCAGCCCAGCCCAGCCAAGCCCAGCCGAGCCCAAGCCUAAAAGGUUGUCCACUCGAGGGACCAACCUUGCCUCCCCCGGCCUUCGUCCGCACCCGUCCCAAACUCUCAGGCAAGGAUCAUUGCCUUCUAUCAGUGAGGUGAUUCCACCGAGAAGUGUCCUGUCUGCCACUCGAGUCACUCACUCUUCGUGUCAGUCUCCGGACUCGCUGUAUUGCUGCUCACUUGCCCGUGGCCUCUACCACCAUCCCAUCCCAUCUUCACUUUCACUCAUCUAUCGUCAUUUCGUUCCUGUUGUUCUAUUCACCUGCUCCAACCAAUUUUCUGUUAGUGUUUCUCUGACUCUAUUUCUGGUCACCUGUACGAUUUCCCCGUUCACUGUCAUUCCCCUGCCAGGCUGCAGCCCGCUAUCAGUUCCUUCGCCACACUCACAGUGACGAACGAACCUCCUGUUAGUCAUCCUUGUACCGAACCAGGCACAGGCUACCACCUCGCACACACUCUAAAACGCUCUCUCCGAGAUCGCCAGUUGGCUUACACCUGCCACACGCCCCCGCCGCUUUUGCUCAGAAUUGCCACCGUGCAAAACCAGAAGAGUCACAUCCCACCACCGCAGGCUACCACCAACUCAACGCCUCACUCGCCCCUUAGGCCACUUAAGCAAAGAGUCACCCUCUCUCGGCCAUCUAAUAAACUCCCUCACCACCUCUUUCAGGUCAUCUCAUCUUCAGCCACACCUUCAACAGUACCUUGCAUAAUCAACUAACACCGACUUGAUCCCUAUUAAUUCUCAACCUUCGAAAUCGAUUUCCACUAUUCGAUCGCCCUGAUGGUAGCCUUGUUCUAAGACUACCAUUCGCUUCCAACCUCACUCGAGAUUUGAAGCCUUGCCGCAAUGCCUGCUGAAAAAACAUAUCUUAUUCCUGUCGCCGUCUCCGCUUCGUCCUCCGGUCUCAUCGUUUGUGUUAUCAAGUCGCUUUUGCACUUUACUGUCUAGAAGCUCUCUGAAAAUACGACCAAGGUUAUACCUCGAAGCAGCACUUACACGCGCUGCAACGGAGUAUCGUUACUCGAUUUUGACCCCGCGAAUUUAUCGGCAAACCACGAUCUGAUUGGUGGCUUAGCCGUAGACGGCGACUGGAUAAACCCCUGAAUUGAUUGCAGUUCAGGAUCCUUUUAUUCACUAUCCAACAUGAUGUGCGACGCAACCUUGUCGCCCGCUUAUAACCCCUCCUCCCAAUAUGCACCCUACAACACCUCAAUAGCUUCUUCCGCUUCGACUUCCACUACUUCUGUUUGGUCCGACACCAGCUCUCAGAUUUCCGACGAGUCCUCUCUUUCCGCACACUCUUCCGACUCCGACUCUUGCGAUUCCUAUUUUUCGAGAAAGGCCGCCGUUGCUGAUUGCAGUCUCAACUUGCGGCGUCGCGUCCAAAACACACAGACGGAAGCACUCCCCGCCGAAUUACGCCAGAACCCACGAAGAACUUCAAAUGCACGCGCCGCGUGCCCUCCGGUUCUGGUCCGGCAGUCUGACCGAAAAGUUAACUUCGUAGAUAGCCUUGUCGGUAUGUUAUGACUGGAUUGUGAUUACUCGUCCAUACGCUUAGCCUUCACCCUUCUAGAUUCGUCGACACAUAUCGUUGAAGCCAUCUGGCCACUCUCCUCUGUCGCCUGCCGAAAUGAGCUUGGAAGUAGGGCCGUUCUUCCCCUGCGCACAUUUAUUCAAGAGACUUUGCGCCGGUCACGAACCAGCUACUCGACUCUGCAGGUCGCUCUCUAUUAUCUAAUUCUCAUCAAGCCCCAUGUGCCGAAGCACAACUUCACCAUGGAACAGCCUGAGGACCGACACGCCGAUCGCGCCCUUCAGUGCGGUCGUCGUAUGUUCCUCGCGGCUCUGAUCCUUGCCUCAAAGUAUCUUCAGGAUAGAAACUAUUCUGCCCGGGCCUGGAGCAAGAUUUCGGGACUUCACACUCAAGAGAUCAACCAGAACGAAAUCGCUUUUCUCCACGCAGUCAACUGGAAGAUGCAUAUUGUCGAUGAGGUCUUCCAGCGAUGGACCGAUAUUGUUCUCAAGUACACGCCUCCUCCGUCUGGCCCUCCUUCUCCCGGAGGUGUUCCCCAGGUCGUGUCCCAGCAAGUCGUGGAUUGGAAGCGAAUCAUCUUGGGUCUGAACCCGGAAUUGACGAAUCUCGCCUCAUUGAUUCCUGCAACUCCUGCUAUCCCUAGGUCAAGUGAUCUUUGUGCUUUGUCUCCUCGCAGUAUUCUCAAUAUGCCCCACCAAGCUCAGAGUUCAUAUGGCUAUGAAUCUGCGGAAGCCACACCAACUCCCAAGCCCUACAGUACUCCUAUGGCUAUGGAAUCAGCGGCUCUAGGAUGCACUUCUAGCCGCGCGGCCCCUAGUCUCGGUAUGCUGCCAACUCCUCGACUUACCCCUCAGAGCAGUGGACUCUGCACUCCUGCAGCGAGUGCCGCUUCCCACAUGCUUAAUAAGUCUUCUGCGAUGGGUUUGGCCAUGGCUCAAGCCAACAAUGCGAACACAUCUCAGUACCUCGAUCGUCUCCCUGCCACCAGGACAUCGUCCCCUCAAGCCUACUGCCCUACUCGCCGAUCUUCCCUUGCUACUUCAGUGUCAACAGCUUCAUCACCCGAAUCGAUGAUUUCGGAUUCGUCGCGUUCCUCGCGCUCUUCUUCCAUCUCAUCUUCUUCAUCGCUUGUUAGCGCGACCCUCAGUUCUUCCAGACUGGGUAUGCCGUCGCGAUUCCGAGCGUCGAAGUCAUGUAACGAGAGAUUGAGCCAGAAGCCGACAAUCCCUUCGGUUCCAGAGGAUUAUGAUGUGCACUGUGAUACGUCCUCCCCCGAAUCUUACACCGGCCCGGUUGGCAAGCUCGUGGACCUGUCUCUGGAGUCUUCCGUGGCGAGACGACAGCAGGAACUUGAGGAUAUGGCUCGCGAUUCUGAUGCCGCUCGUGCUUUACAGGAGCUCCAUAAUUAUCGUGCAGCUGAGAUUGUGCCCGCAACUGCCCCUAGAAGUGGCACGAAGCGAACUAGAACCGCCUCUAUGGACAACUGCCUUCAGGAAAACGUUCGCGAGAUCCUUGGUGGUCGUUGUUCUACCCAGCAUCCUGCCUGGCCCGAUACGUUGGUUCGCACUCGAGGGAUUAUCUCUGAGUCGAAUCUCCAGAUCCCCGUCCGUCCUAGCUUGCCUGGUACCGGCAAGCGAGUCUGCUGCUCUGCCGAAGCGGCUCAGGGCUACGAAGUUUCGUCUGUCCAUCCUGCUAUCGGCCUUCGGGGACCUGGUAUGUUGGAGGGUAUUCUCAACUAAAAAAGCCAAUCACACGUUGGUAACGAUAUUCACUGUUCCAAACUUGAUACCCUGUCGACUAUAGAUAAGCUAUAAACGACUUGAAAGUCAAGAAAUAAUGUCGAAUCAAGAAAAUUCUCUUUGUUAAAUAUAUUGAUGUGGCGGGUGGAAGAAAUGGAGUCUUUUGCUAAAAGGCCUUGAUACCACAUUUGAGAGAUCACAAUUCUGCUCUAUCAGCGUCUGCAGGUAUCUCGGCUUUGGGCCGAAAAGCGUGUUCAUUUGCCUGCAUGUCUCGUAUGGGCUACGGAGCAAGAGUGGUGGCGGCGACUGCCUGUUUUCAAGGGGUCGUUCGGUGGUGAAGAGUACAUAUCUUGUAUGACUAGGACGACGCUGCUUUUCUUUGUUUUGUACUUGUUACUGUUAUUUAUUUGGCUUUACUUGGUUUGCUGCCAAAGUCUCAUGUGUGGACUUGACGGCACUGAAAAAAGUAUCGCACGGCGAAGAGGAGAGGCGAGAAGGUUAAGGAAGGUAAUCGGUUUGAUUUGCUAUCAAAACCGAGCAGACAAACCCGGUCAUCCAAGAAGAACGACCCCGGCGUCAAAGAAGGAAUCUGCAAGGUAAUCGGUUUUGCAUCAACUGGAGUUCAAUUUGCCCUUUCCUGCAAUCAAGACAUCCCAAGACCGCAUGUUGUCUUCGGAAACAGCCAAAGCUUGAAUCCACUCGACCUCGUCAAAGGCAGACUUUGGGAACUCAAAAGGCAAGAAAAAGCAGUCGAUUUCGGAAGCGGACUCGAGCAAAGGAGUCCCAAGAAUGAUCUGAAUUGAGGAGAGCGAUGACGCUAUGGCGAAAUCUAAUAGCUAGCUUGAAACAGUCCUCGCGGUAGUGGACUCGUGGCAGUCAUUCCCAAUCCCUUAUGGAACCAAUUUUCGGAUAGGAGAAGGACGCACGAGCAAAGCAAGACAAGCACGAAAUCAAAAAGCAUUAUGCUGGAACACUAAAUUGCCCCCGCCUUUCACGCAAACUGAAGCGAACCACUCACCAUUUGUGACUACGUGAUGCGUCAGAAUCGAAUACAGACCAACAUCUGCAUGUCGAUCCGGACUAUUGAAACCUGAGGACGCUCGGGGAAUGAGAUUCGAGAACCGGAGGAGGUAAGGCAUGAUUCUUACCAUAAAACUCUACAUUGAGCAUGUGUUUAAUUUAUCCAAGGUUGCCCGAUGUGUGCUUGAGCGAAUCGCAGUCACACUCCCAAGCAAUGCACGCUGGAGAAUCUUUUCACUCGGAAGUUCCAGGAGCGCCUUCAACUGCGGCCGCGAAAUCCCGGAAUCGCGUGGUCCAUUGGACAUAAUGUGCUAACGGCGUGAGUCAUAUCCCAACUCCUUGGCACAGUCUUGACAGUAUGUAUGUUGCCUUGUCUACCCCUGUCUUUGACCUCUUUUCCUCAAGUGCGUUUUAAGUGGCAUCAUUAGCAAGUCUCGUGUGUAAGUGCAUGCGUGUGUGUGUUUAUUACGUACAGGGCUGGGCUUUGGUUGUUAUCGCUAGGGGAACAUCGUGAAGUUUAGUGCUACAAACAAGAUAGGCCGUUGGCUGAGGUGGAGAUGAAAGAAGUCUUUCAUAGGCAAUGCGACAUUGGAGGUAGAGGUAAGUUUGCUAUGAAGUAAGUCUUGUUGAGUUUAAGGUGUUUCCAUACGUGAUAUUCUGCGUUUCUUAUUCAUGGUGUUGAGGCGUUCCACGACAUGUGGCCAUUUCGUUCAAGACUCGAACCGUAUGAAGCCUGGUGACAUUCUAUCACAAGGUGUACCCCCAUUAAUCUAGGAAGGUCUAUUAAAUACACAACAUACUUCUAAUCAUGGUGAACUCGAUUCCUUAUUUUGAGAUGUGAUGGCCC